AUGGAAAGUCGUUCUCCUGUAAGAAAGAAAAUCAUUGAAAAUGCAAGUAUGCCUCUUAAACACAUUGUAGUCCCAUCAUUCUGCACUGGUUCCAAUCACCGCCAUCUUCGCGAAAACAUUAUGUUCAGGCGUAAGCCGGAAAGGAAUCCAUGUCGUCCAAGAAGAAAGCAUCAGGCGGCGUACAACGAGAACAUUCUGAAUGAAAUCCAAUCCAAGCCCGAUGAGCAGAAUAAAGAGGACCCAACCGAGUACUACGAGCUGAUAGUCGACAAAUUUAAAAACUGUGACGAUUUCCUCUCAAUUCCUCAGGCGAGAAAUUCAGAUGGCAUCUCCAUUACCACUAAGGAGUUGCUCGAGAAUAGGAAGGAACUAAAACUUGAUCUAAUUAUUUAUAUGAUGUUAUGA